AUGAACCCUCAUCAGCAGCCACCUCCACCUUUCUCCAUGUAUGCUUCUCUUCUUCCACAACAGAGCAACAACCCUCCAUCAUCGGUACCUUCAUCAUCAUCAUCACUCAAUAUGCCUCCCAUGUUAUCCACCAUGAUGUAUUCUCCUCAUCAACAAUCAUCCUUUCCUCCACCUCCUCCACCUAGAGGAUCACCAUCAACCACUGUAUUACCUCCUCCUACUUUCAAUCCAGCAUCUCUGAAUGGUGGUGGUGGUGGUGGUACUACUCCCACUGUCCGUUCAUCAUCGAAUAUUGCAACCAUGGCCAACAAUAGUGCUACUGUAUCAUCAAUACCUCCCCCAACAUUCAUGCCUGCUUUCGGAAUGAUGAUGCCUGGAUUUCAACCAACAUCAGCAAUGGGUGGUGUUCCUAUGAACGCUUUUCCUUCUUCAAAGAAGAGAUCCAAAGAAAGUAGUGAUGAAGAAGAAGAGGACGAAGAAGAGGAAGAAGAUCAACAACCAAUCGUUCACAAAAAUAGCAGUACACCAACAAAACCACAUUCAUCUCCUUCAAUGAACAAUACUGUACAUCAAUUCAUGCCACAACAAUAUUCAAAUCAACCAACCUUGUCGUCUACAAAAGGUAGUAAUACACAAUCAUCAUCGAGUACACAAAUGGAAUCUUUGAAUUCUACUAAUUCGAGUGCUAGCAAUACUCCAACUGCAGUUUCAUCAUCCACUCAACCUCAUACACAACCCAGUACAAGUGGAAUUCCACAAAAAUCAAUCUAUCAUCCUUUUAUCAGCAGUGCAAAUGCAUUAUUUGGAAAUGAAUUUAUUUGCGAUGAAUCCAUUAGAAAAUUAGGAGAAUUUAUAAAUCAAAUCUCUGAAGAUGGGCUUGAAAUUGAAGGAAAAAUUGGCUUAAUUGUUCAAAAAGGAACACAAGAGAGAAUAUCUCCAAGAUUAGAAAGUGGAUGUGAAAUUGUAUCCGAGUCUAUUAUUCAACGAUCAGAUUGUGAAUUCAUGUCAAGAAUUUCUCAACAUACAUUCAAACAUGUCAACAAGUUAUUGAAUGACAGAUUUUCAGCAAUGAGAGAAGCUCAUAAAAGAGGAGAGUACCAUGGACCAUUAAUUGAAUACAAAAGAGCUCAAGAGACUGACAAAUUCUUUGCAUAUUAUUUACCUGCAUCCGAUGACGAUGAAAGAGAUGAAUAUGGACAACUUUCUCACAAAGAUAUUAGAGUAACCUUUGAUACAAAAACUGACAAACCCAUUCGAGCAAUGAUUAAGACCCGAUUAGAAAGAGGAGAUAUUGAUUUCUCAUGUCCUCAUCGUUCUUAUGAUUUUAGAGUUUCAUUCAGGAAAGAAUUAAGUAUUGAUAAAUUUCCAAAUCUUGAUGUAGAUCGACCAAAGAAAGUUCGUAAAAAGGAUAGAGUUUCCUACAUCUUUGGAUUUUGUAGAAUUGAUUUGACAAGCGUAGAUUCUUUUAAUUGUAAAAGAAAUGGUGAAAUUAAUGAGGAUUCCAAACAUUCAUGUCAUGAAAUUGAAGUGGAAUGUGAUGUGAAGAAGCUGUUCCAAGUCAAGUCUAAUUUAGGAGAAUUUGUGAGGCAUUUGAAAGAGUUUUUAGAUACCAUGCGAAUGUUGUGCUUGGUUUGUGAUUUGUCACCACCACCACCACCACAAAUACCACUACAAAUACCACCUCAACAACACUACAGUCAUCACCAAUCAGCCAAUUAUUAUCAUUACCAACCGACUCAACAGUAUCAACCACCACCACAACAUCCACCAUCCUUAAGAAGAAAAUAA